UUAACUUCAACCAGCGCGGGGGUUUCGGGGUAUCUGGAACAAUAGGGCAACUCCAUCAUCGGCGGCAUUCCUCAAGCCGCAACGCCAUGUGCAUCAUCCUGGACGAGUGCGUGUUGUUGAUUGUGCUGAGCCUGCAAGCGCUUACGAUUCUCCCUGCGAUCGCUGUUACCCGUGAAGUCGGCCUCGCCGUGCUCGCGUUGUACUUGGUCACCGCAUUAUAUUCUAUCACGUAUGCAUUCCUGUACACGCUGAGGGAAUGCUGUCCCUGCCUCAACGUCCUCCAGCGCCAUGGGUCCAAGUUCUUCUACGUACUUCACAUCGGACUAAUUGUCACGACGAUCGCAACCAUCUCAAUUUUGCUCGAGCCGUUCCUCUCGGGUGUCGAUUUCAGCAAGUAUUGUGAUGCGAAUGCCCUAGAUCACAACCUCUCGAGCACGAGCUGUCUGAAGCUCCAAGGAUACACUGUCAUCGCUCUCAUGACGCUGACAAUGGAAGUCGGUCUAUCGGUGUACAUGCUCGUCCUGGGGCGUCGAAUCUCCAAGAAGCACUCGGUCGAGUACGCGCGACUGCUGCGCGAGAAGAGUCUGAGCGAAGCUGAUUUACCUAGCGUUGCCCGCGGUAACAGUUCAUUCCAGAAGAAGGGUGGCAAGACCAACCAAGGGACUGCCGAAGUCAUCUAACCAGUUAACAAUUCCUUCGUCAACCCGAACUCUCCUC